CCCUCCGCCACCCAUGCCGCAAUGAGCAGCAGCAGCAGCCUGCCCGGCGCACCGCACAGCGGCGGGCCCGCCAGCGCCGUCGCCUCAUCUUCACGCCUCACGCUCGACCUCGCCUGCCCCAUCCCGUGGCCCGAUGCCGGCGAGUCGCCGCUGCCCAACGCCGGCGCGCCGCAAGUGGCGAUCCUGCUGCGCUACUGCGAGACGCUCUGGCUCGGCGAGGUGCACUCGACGCUCGCGACGCUCGUGCACGCCGCCCAUGCGCUGCUGCGCCAUGCGCCCGCCGCCGACGUGCGCGCGGCGCUGCUCGGCCUGCUGCGCACGCCCACGCCCCGCAGCGGCGGCCUCGAGGAGCGCGUGCGCGGCGUCUCGCACGCCCAGCUCGUGGCGCUGCUGCUGCACGGCGAGGUGCCGCCGGAGUGGAGCGAGGCCGAGGUUGGUGUCGUGCGUGCGGCGCUGCGCUCGGGGCCCGGCAGCGCCGUGGCGGCCGAGGUGCGCGAGCAGCUGCGCGUGCGCCAGGAGCGCCAGACAGCCGCGGCGGCCGAGGAGGCGCAGGCCGCACAGGAGGAGCCGGAGGAGGAGACGCACGGAAAGCUGGCCCGACGCUGGCUCUCGGCGAUUGGCGUGCGCGAGCUGCAACUGCAAGCCUUGACGCUGCUUCUGCUACUGCAGCUGCACGCCGAGUAUCCGCUGCCAUGCACACCCGGCGGCGGUGCGGCGUCCACGCCCAACACAGACGAUCCGGCGCUUGAGCAUGCCACGCCGUCCAAGACGACGUCUGACGUCCGCCCGCUCAUCGAUGGCUCGAGCGAGGACGCGCCGGGCGAUGUGCCGGCCAAGAAGCGGCGGCGCAAGGAGCCGGCACGCCGCUGGACGGGCCAGAUGGGUGCCUCGGGCUUCCCAUGGGCUCGGCCAACGGGCGAGUCGUCGUCGCCGCGCCUCGAGGAGGGUGCGCUGGAGCGCGGCACGAGCCCGGUCAGCCUGACGCGGCGCUUCGAGGCCAUCAUCGACCGGCUCGCGCUGCUUGGCGUCACUGCAUCGCUCUCCUUCGACGUCGCGCCCGUUGAGGUGGCGCGCUCGAGCUCGACAAGGCCCGUGGCGCCAGUGCACUUUGGCACGGCGGCGCGAGAGAAGCUAGCCGGCGACGAGCGCGACGAGCUGCAGUGGCUGUGCGCCGAUGUCGUCGAGCCGCUGUUCGGACGUCUGCUGCCGCGGCAGGUCGCUGCGCUGCGCGCUCGCGCCUUUACGCCUGGCCUGCCGGGCGCCACGCCGGCGCGGCCCGGCCGUGCCCGCGAGCGCAGCGCCGCCGAGGGGGCCAGCGAGCUCGACCUCGUUCGUCUGGGUGCUGCGCAGGCCAAGCGACUGCGAGCAGAAGAGGCACGCGAGAAGGCCAAGCGACCCAAGCUCGAGGAGGCGCUGCGCAGCGAGAGCCAGGAGUCGGCGCGCGGCCGCAGCGUGGCGCGAGGCGAGCGCUUCGCGACGCGUGAAGUCUCGAUGGGGCCCGGCCGCGGCUGGGAGCGCUCGACCAGCAUGGGCGUCGUCGAUACCGCAUCACCCGCGCCAGAAGAGCCGCGCCGACUGGGUCCGACACUGCAAGCACCGGCACGCAUCGACAAGCGCAAGAGCUCGGCGCAGCGACUAGACCGCGCCGCCUCGCAGGUGCUGGUGGCCCAUGCGAGCAGCAAGCCGCCGGCGCCCACGCUGCCGGCGCGCUCGGCGGCCAUCACAGGCUGGCGGCGCGCUGAGAGCCAGCCGGCGUGGCCGCCCUCGAGGCCAGCACUGAGCAAACCGGCGUCGGCGCCCUUGUUCGCCGAGACACAGCCGCUGUCCACGUCGAAGGACGCGCUGGCAUGGAGCGAUGAUGAAGAAGAGGAGGAGAUGCUGCCCAUUCGGCGGCCCGAUUCGCAGCUCGCAAAGCCCGUCUUGGCGCGCACGCCCUUUGCGCGCUCCGAGUCGCAGCCGGCGCACCUGCUCGCCGCAUCGCAGCGGCGCGACGACGAUGGGAACGACGACGAGAUGCUGGUGCUGCGCAAGCGGCCCAAGCCGCGCUUCUCGUGGACGGCCGGCGCCGACGCUGGUGACAGCGACGCGCGGCCCUUGUCUGCGCUCGUCGCCAAUGCUGCAAUGCGCCCCGACGAGCGCUCCGAUGCAUCCCGCAGCGCCUCGCCGCUGCCGCUGCGCGUCGCGAGCACAAGCGACACGGCGCUGUCGCAGCCCAAAGCCCUGCUGCCCCCACGCGCGGGCAUGGCCGGCCGCACGGCGUCGGGUCGCAACCCCUUUGCGGCGCGGCGCGCAGAGUGAGGUGCCAAGGAGCACUCUGUAUCGCAAUAGACAUGCAACAG